CAGCAUUGACGUGGGCUCCUGCGCUGGGCGGGGACUCUCUCCUGAUUGGCUGAUUUCCAGGUCUCCUCCCCCGCGCGCCACCCCUGGUUUUCCUCCCCGGACCGCAGGAGGAAAGCUGCCCUCUCCCUUCCUGACCCCUGGCCCUUCCUCCUCUCCCGCCUCCUUUGCUUGUGGCGCUGCGGCUCGCAGAGGAACUCCAGGCACGGUGAUGGGGUCCCGGGCCUCCUCGUUAUUGCGGGACGAAGAGCUUGAGGAGAUUAAGAAGGAGACUGGCUUUUCCCACAGUCAGAUUACUCGCCUGUACAGCCGGUUCACCAGCCUGGACAAAGGAGAGAACGGGACUCUCAGCCGGGAAGAUUUCCAGAGGAUUCCAGAACUUGCCAUCAACCCCUUGGGAGACAGAAUCAUCAAUGCCUUCUUUUCAGAGGGAGAGGACCAGGUAAACUUCCGUGGAUUCAUGAGAACUCUGGCUCAUUUCCGACCCAUUGAGGAUAAUGAAAAGAGCAAAGAUGUGAAUGGACCAGAACCACUCAACAGCCGAAGCAACAAACUGCACUUUGCUUUCAGACUAUAUGAUUUGGAUAAAGAUGACAAGAUCUCCCGUGAUGAGCUGUUGCAGGUCCUACGCAUGAUGGUUGGAGUAAAUAUCUCAGAUGAGCAGCUGGGCAGCAUCGCAGACAGGACAAUCCAGGAAGCUGAUCAGGAUGGGGACAGUGCCAUAUCUUUCACAGAAUUUGUUAAGGUUUUGGAGAAGGUGGAUGUUGAACAGAAAAUGAGUAUCCGAUUUCUUCACUAAAAGGGCAGAGACACAUUGUCCUUGCUUUCUAGUAUUUAAGAACUGGAACCUAAGCAUCCUCUUCUUCUCCAGCCCCACCCACCUCACCUUAUUAUCUCCUUCCUCCCAGGGUAUGGCUCUUGCAUGACAGCCCCAAAUCUCUUCUGUCCACAUAAACCUACCUUUGGUGUACAAACAGGGUGUUACAGAGUGGUGCCCUCAGUCCAUGUCUGUUCAGGAUCCAUCACCAGUUCUUCACGAGCAAGUGCAUCUCUCCCUGUUCAGCUGUUGAAUGACAUCUGUCUGUUCAGUUGAGGACAUGGGAGGGACUCAUGCCAAGAGCCAGCUGGCACAGCUUCCAGUGGCUGGAGACUGCGGCCAUGCUGCCUUCCCUGCAGUGAGGCUUCAGCGUGCUCCUGCAUCCUUCUUACACGUCCUUUGCUUCCUACUUCCCUGCCACACAGCCUUUCGUUCGCUCCUCUUUAUUGCGCCUUGAGAUUCUCUCUGUUGUACUGGAAACUCCAGGCUCUGCUGUUAAACCCAUUUCUGACUUGGCAGAAUAGUUCAGGGGCCUGGCACUUUUGUUCUCUUUCACUUAGUGGGUCUCUGAGUGUUGCCUUUCAAGGAACUAUUGAGUAUCCAGUACUUCUCUUGGAAGAAUGAGGCUCUGUCUUGGUCCCCUGCACAGCACUGUUGUCAAAAGGCUUUUGGGUGGAGAUGUCCCUCUUGGAAGGUAGCCUUUAGCCACGUUUCCUAGGUGGCUUCCUAGGUCACUCUACCUCCAGCCGCUGAUUCUCUGCUUACAUCCUUACACGCCUCCUUAUGCAAGUAUAGUGUUGGUGAUCCCGAAAAGAGGCAUUGCCUGCAGGUUUGCUUCACUUUGGGACACCGUCUUCACCAGUGACUGCUGACGUGUGCUGGGGAACUGCUCAUGGCAGAGUGAACAUGGAGGUGAGGCACCCUGUAAAGCUGCCUGCAUCCACUCUGCAGCAGACUAAUGUGCUACAGAAGUGCCUGACUUACCCCAGUGCAAAGAAGGAAAGAUUGUCCUCAAUGUCCCUAACAUUUUGUACAAAAUUCUUUGUGAGUUUGAGACAUGCAAACGAUAAUGUUGGAAGCCAUAUUCAGCCCCUAACACAGGUCAGAAACAUUGAAUGUAUUAUCUCAUUAGUUUCUUGGUCACAUGACCUCCCUUGCUCCUUGGGUAAACCACUGCAAAUCCCUUAGAAGCUCAAAUGCUAGCACUGGUGGCACUUCCUAAUAUGGCAGUACAGGUCUUUGAGUAAGCUAGAGCAACUUUUCUGCUAAAGUCAGCUUAGAGUAGACUUCGUGGAGUCAGGCUCUUCCCACCCUGUGUCUGUAUGAGUCUAUUCAUCUAUGUGCCCUUGGCUGGUACUUUCUCUGAUGUAUUACUUCCUUGCUUGCUUGUUUCCUUGCUUUGGAAGGCUAUCCAAGAUAUGGAAACAGUUAUUCAGCAAUUAAGUUGCUUAAAAAAAUGGGUAAAUGUGGGAACCGGGGAUUGGCCAGGUUGAGUGGCUUAAGUAUAUAUGAAUGAGUAAUUCUUCAUGAAGUAUCAGUCUGACUUUGUGAUCAAAUAAUGUAUAGGAAUUGAAUUGUCUGAUACUGAUGUGUUAUCGAGGUACGUCAGAGGCUUCUUGAUUUACAUAUUUAAGGUUCCUAAAAUUAUGCCAUCCCUUUGGCUGUAUAGCAAACUGUUUUAAUCCACAGUUGUGCCUUAUUGUCCCAUUAAUUGUGUUCCUCAGUCCAUCAAUAAAUACUUGUGGUUAAAACAAAACAA